AUGACGUGCAAAGCGGAAGUACCGGUAGGCGUAAGCCGUGGUUUGUUCUUCUUGAAUGCUACUCGUUUUGGAAAAGGUGUGAUCAUGUCAAGGCAGCCGCUGGGGAAGACACUGUUGAGAAAUGUAAUCCGCCACACAGAUGCCCACAACAAGAUCCAGGAGGAAAUGGAGAUGUGGAAAAUGCGAAACUAUGAGGUCCACACGUCCCAUAACAACCAUUUUCCUGAGACAAAGUGUGAGAGGGGACAAAUGCACUGUGAUCGAGAUCAGCCCAGAGACCUGAGUCGGAGCAGAGAGCGAGGCUCGGAACAUGAUGAAAGGGAGGCCCGAUACUGGAGCCGCAAACUGUAUGAAUUUGAAGCCAAAGAUUCUGACAGGUGGGGACAUAGUGGCUUCAAGGAGCUUUAUCCAGAGGAGUUUGAAAGUGACAGUGACACAAAAAAGACUGGGCGCCACAAACUGAAAAAGUCCAAGUCUGACACGGAAGCAAGCUUAUCCAAACGACCCAAAAAAUCCUCUCGAAAGAAGAAGAAGAAAAAGAAGAAGAAGGAUGAGGCGGAAAAGCACAAGAAAGCCGAGUGCUCGAGCAGCGACAGCAGCAGCGAUGACAGCAAUGCCACCAAAGACAAGCAGCGGAGGAAAAGGACUAAAAGUCGACAUAAAAACAAGAAAACUGCAAAGACCAGAGGGAGAGAAGGGGACAGCGGCUCAGGCGAGAGUAAUGAUGAAAGGGAAAAACAAACUCACAAGCGCAAAAAGCGAAAGCAAGACUCCCACAAAGACUCAGACUCGGGGCCAAACUCAAAAAGGAGCAGGAAGAACUCGAAAGCAGCAGGCGCCGAGAGUUCAGAUGAUAGUUCUCUAGACUGAGAUUCAAAGACUUGGACAGAGACAGUAGCUCAGGUAACGACCAAAGAAACUUCUGCACAAUUUUUUGGCUCGCCUCAAAUUCACAGAGGGCUGCCUCUGCAGGCCGCUCAGUGUUGUACUUUGUUAGACAUCAACAAACCUGUGCUGAGGGCUCUCUGCGGGCGCUCUGUGUGGCAAUACCUCAUCCACCUCGGCACAGGCUUCAAGCACUAUAUGGCAGUGCAGGCAGCAUGAAGGAGGAAGGUGGGGUAUCCGGCACCUGCUUCAUUAGGGAUUCUGUCGGCUGCAGGCUCAUUGAUUGAUCAUUGACUCUCAGCCGUCAGCCUCCCAGGGAGACUUUCUGUCCUCAAUUGACCGGCGUUUUUCAUACCACAUUUUAUUUAAGAAAUGUAUGCAAAUUGCAAAUUAUGUUAUUUGCAUUUUUUUGUUUUGCAUUUUAGGUUUUGUAUUCCAACAAUUGAAAAAAAUUAAACAUCUUUUUUACGGUUUUAAAAAUCUUUUUUGUUUUGUUAAAAUUGUGAAAUAUAAAUGAUUUGUAUUAUUAUUAUUUUAACCCAUCAUCGUAUCGACCAACAAGUAUUAUCUUUGUAGCCAAAUCUUUAUUUACAUGGUCCCCAUAUGAGACUUCUCAAAAUUCUGUAAGUAAGGUGGUAUAAAUCAAGCUUCUGAAAGCAGACAUAAAUACACAUGAUUCAUUGAAAGUGCUUGAACUCAUUUAAUAGAUGAAUAGAAAUUGAAGUUAUUUUGGUCUUAUUAUUUUUUCCCACUUGUCCUCCCUCACUGUAACUCAGAAGUGAGAAGUCUUCUUAGUUCAAUCCUCUCGAUUAAUUGUUGUCUGCUAGCUCAUGUUGAGCCUGAUUGUUCUCAUUAUAAUCAUUUUAAUUGUUGUAACAGUAAUUAGCCUUGAUCUGUGUCUCAAACUAUGCCUUGCCGGUAACUUGAAUUUGAGAUAAUUGGGCCUGGAAAAGUCCUUAAAUUUGAUGUUCAUGGCGGUGUGGGAGCCCUUUGUGUAGUUUAGGUAAAAAGAGAAAGGAGGUGAAGAAGGAGAAGGGUAUAGUAGACAUGAAUAACCCUGAUAGCUCUGUAACUUAGAGUUUAAAAACAAUUUCAUUUAUUUAAUUCCUAAAUUUGAUGUGAUAUAAAUGAUACGUUUCAGCCAUCUGUUAAGAAAACAUUAACUUGUCUUCAGAGCUAAAUACAGCAGUGCAAAUGGAGUGGAUACAUUUCUGCUCUGAAUACUUUUCUUUUUUAACUUGUCAGGCUGUUUGUAAAUUCAAUCACAGAGGGCGGUUUCCUCUCUAAAGACACCAUCACGGAUCAAAGACCUUGGUGCAACACGCAGUUUUUUAUGACUCAGGAGGAACACCUUAAAAAUCUGCAAUUCACGAUCAAAGUGAAUACAUUUAGUAAUACAGCUUGAUGCUAAAGAGCUGUAAGGCCUAAUGGCUUAUGUAGGGAAGCACUAAAGCGAUAAAUGUAAUGCCUGAGAAAAAUAUUCAGUCACACCAGCAAAAGCACUGAAUUGAAAGUUUGGCAACACACAAACAGCACUAUUCAAAGCACUUUAACAUCAUGUUCAGUGCCGCUGGUCACUCUGCACCACACUUGUCAAACUAUAUUUGCAUUUAACAUUUUUAACAGAUAAAGUUGAAAUAAACCUGGUACCAAGUC